ACGAAAUGCUUAUAAGAAAGCCUCGCUGCACUUUGGAAGCGAUCGGUGCUGAAUAUUGUUUGCUGAAGGUACCAGACAUUACGGAUUGUCUCCGGCAUGGAGCAAACCACAGACAAACUCUGCAUUCCUGGACAUGAUGACCCAGCAGAUAUCAGUGCAACUCGCUCUUCAAAAAGCAUACAUUGGGACGAGGCAAACUUAGAAGAGAACGAGAAAAUAAAAGCAGAACUUAUGCCUACGAAGAUCAAUGAGCCAAAGACUCCUUAUCAUGCACCUCUCGGGGAGAGCGAUGAUCCUGACGAAGGUGCUGCAGACAUGGCGCCUCUGACUCUGGAGGAUGAUUAUGCACGAACCCCUGCCGGUAGCCUGUCCAGGUCAUCGGCGGACAGGACAAGAAACACCGCGCACAUAACAAUCGCAGAGGCGUCCACGCGGUUGGAGGAGACUCGGAGGCAGGAGGCAGCAGAGCCAUCCAUGUCAAGGUCCAGCGGCGGGUACUCCAGCGGCCCAGACCGGGGCUAUUCCAGUGGGGCAGAGCGGUGCGGCUACACCAGCAGCGAUGGCGAGGGGCUGACCUCGGAGGCCAAGAGCCUCAAGCGGAGGCGCUUUGAGCAGCACCGCAAGCAGCACUACAACAUGAAGGCCGCCCUCCAAACGGGGAAGAAACUGGCGGAGCAGGAUCUGACAAUGGCAGGUGUCAUCGAUGGUCAAGGGGCAACAUCAAAACGCAUGGGAAUGCCUGAAGGCUUGAAAUGAUCCUUGCAGAGUAUAGCUGUCAUGUGCCGUGCCAAGCUGUCCAUGCUUAUCUGAAAAAGCCCUCUUGGAGCGGAGAGCUGAGCAAGUCUGACAAGCUGCACAUAAACGCUGUACAUUAGUAUUACGUGCGCUUUUUAUGCCAGCGAGUCUCACAUGUGCAUAAGGACCUCUGCCUGGUGUCUGUUGCAGUCUGGCGCUCCAGAGGCUUUCAAUAUGUGAUCUAGAAUGUUGAAUACUCGACUUGCAGAAUUAUUAAAGACCAAAUCAAUGUGUCUUACACGGGUGGUGACAUGUAACCAGAAAUUAAAGGUGCUCACUC